AUGGCAAUUGCUGCUGCUGUUGCUGCUGCUCAUGCGGCGACUGCUGUUGAUGCUGCUGCUGUUGUUCGACACAACCGCAUCGGACAGCCGUUUGCCGUCCGUCAUCUGUUCAACGACGCGAUGGCUAUUGCUUUUGCUGCUGCUGGGGCUGCGGCCGUUCAAGACAACCUCAGAGGGCUGCCCAGUCGUCGCAACAGCAGCCGCGGCAGCAUCACCAGCAAUGGCUGUUGUGUCCAUGUUCCCGUCCGUCUUCUUUGCAACGACACCACGGCUAUUUCUGCUGAUGCUGCCUUGGCUGCUGUUGCGUCGACUGCUGUUGAUGCUGCCGCUGUUGUUCGACACAACCGCAUCGGACAGCCGGUUACCUUCCGUCUUCUUUGCAACGACACCACGGCUAUUUCUGCUGGUGCUGCCUUGGCUGCUGCUGUUGUUCGACACGACUGCAUGGAACAGCCGGUUAUCGUCGGUUUUCUUUGCAACGACGCGAUGGCAAUUGCUGUUGCUGUUGCUGCUGCUCAUGCGGCGACUGCUGUUGAUGCUGCUGCUGUUGUUCGACACAACCGCAUCGGACAGCCGUUUGCCGUCCGUCAUCUGUUCAACGGCGAGAUAGCUAUUGCUUUUGCCGCUACUGGGGCUGCGGCCGUUCAAGACAACCUCAGAGGGCUGCCGUUUGCCUAG